AAAGGCUCACGCUUUUUCUAACUAUCAUGAUUCAUCGUCGUCCGUCUGUUUCUUUUGAUGGUGCUGCGAUUUCCAUGGAUGACACCACGAACAGAACAGAAUAUUCAUAAGAACAAAUUACUAACCAAACCCAUCUUCCAAGUUUUCUUCUUUUUCUCUCUCUCUCUCUCUCUCUCUCUCUCUAAACUUUUCCUUUUGACCAUUGCAUGCCUACCCGAUUGGGAAACUCUUCCUCUAGUUAUUAUUGAUCUUUCUUCCAACAGCUAUUUAUUUCCCGAUCCAAAAUUUGGGGUCGAUUAACAUCGAAAGGUUUCAAUUUUGCGAAUCAAUUUAGGGAAAUUUUCAGUUUUUAUUUUUAUUUUUUUGUGAUGGCUGCUUACGCGAAUUAUCUCCGGCUAGCACGACUUGGAGGAACUAGUUCAGGUGUAGUAAACAUGUCAACCCUCAGAUCAAUCGGUGGUUCUCCAAACCCGACAUUUGACAAGACUCUGUUCGAUCACCACGAGAUUCGUUCCUCUUCUUCUUUGCCGUUAGUAUCAUAUUCACCUUACAGACAAUUCCACGCCAGAUUCAUCUCUCAACUUAUCAAAACCAAUGGGAAGCGUUUGUUUCUUGUCGAUACACUCGCUUUGGUUAGGAGCUUAGAAGCACAAGGCCUGCCUUCAAAGCAAGCUGAGGCAAUAACCGCUGCUAUAACUGAAGUUCUUAACGAUAGCUUAGGUGUUGUUUCACAGUUGGUUGUCUCCAAGGGAGAGAUGCAGAAAGCUGAAAUGACGCAGGAAUCAAACUUAUCCAAGUUCAAAAGUGAGAUUAACAGUUCACUGGACCACCAUUUCUCUUUGCUGCAACACGAGAAUGAGAAACUCCGUAAUGACAUAGAGCGAAUCCGCUCUGAUAUAAGACACGAGAUUGACAAAGUCACAGCAGGACAACGGUUGGACUUAAAUCUUGAAAAAGGGAGGAUAAGAGAUGAGUUACAAAAUCAAAACGCCGAAACCUGUAACCUUACAAACAAGCUUGACCGUGAGAUUCACACUUUGAGAGCUCAGUUGGAAGCAGCCAAGUACGAGGUGAUCAAGUACUGUAUUGGUACACUUGUAUCCAUCUCAGCCGUUGGUCUUGCUGUCCUCCGGAUCGUCAUGUAACUUUAUCCCACGGUGUGCCGGUGUUAAGACCAACUCAUCAUCUUUGCUGUUUUUUUUUUAAUCACGGGAUGAUAUGUUGGUCUGUGCUUCCAUAUCUUGUUCAUUAUUUGUAUGUUUGAUGUAAUUUUAUUUCUUCUUUUUUUUUUUUUAUGUGAAAGAAAUAAAGACUAAUCCAGUCUACUAAAUUUGAACCCUUCACGUAAAUGAUGUACUUUCACGGGAAAAA